CCGCAACGAGGCUGUGUUGAGAAACUGCGCAGCCGCCAUGCGCAUCCGCCAGCUUGUGGGCAGCGCAGCCAUUUCUGUGCCCCUCAACGCAGACACACAAACACACACCGAAGUGUUGUGUGUUCAUCUCACACACACGCGUGUAACGUUGAGGAAUCAUCGCGAAGAAUCACAGCUGGAGUCUACUGAAUCCACUGAGAUCCGCCAUCUCUAAACUUUCCUUGGAUUUCAACGCCUGCGCAGCCCCCUCCUCCCCCUCGGUGUGUAUGUGUCUGUCUACAUGUGUGUGUCCGCGAUGGAAGCCACCAGUUUACAAGCAGGCAGCUGCGACACCGCAACGGUGCACGUAAAAAGGGAGGAGGGAGAGGAAAAGCAAUCUGCGCUGGUUUUGGGCAGCCAGCACUCGCCUGCGCCCUGCAGCGAUCCUGUAUGCAGGGGAGGAGAAGAGCUGGGAGACUCAUCACAGCUGCAUACAACCAACACUGCUACUCCUACGCUGCUGUCCCCGGUGAUGCCAUCUGCUCCUCCCGAGAAGACGCUCCCCCUCGGUUCCGAUUUCUCCUCCAAAGCUGUUUUGUGUCUGAUCGAGGCCGUCGGUCGCCGCUGGGGCCUUUACGAGACGCGGGAACGCUCGCAGCUCUUCCAGAGCGUCCAGGAGGAGCUGGCCGCCAAGGGCCACAUGCUUCCUGUGGAGAGGAUCCGACGCAAGUGGAAUAACUUGAUUGUUACGUACAAAAGGGUCAAAGACCGCAGCCGCGAGACGGGCCAAGCCAAGACGUCCUGGGAGUUCUUUGAUCUCAUGGAUGCCACGCUCUGUGACACUGUCGGUUCUUACAUCAGCAACAAACGUAGCAAAGGAGGCAGCGCCAUGCCCACACAAGCCCCUGCAAAGGUCACACCCAAGCUGCACAUCCCAUCGCCGACUACCAUCAUCCACCCUAAUGGGAACUUCUCCACGCCUGUUCAUGUGGAAUCAGGGGCCAAAGCUCACUCUGCUGCCAGCGUUAGCAACAGCGAUGCCAUUGCGACUGUUCGCCAAACAGAAAGUCCAGACCUCAAACCCCUAAUGGUACUUAACAGUGACAUUGUUACCAACAGCCUUCAUCUAGCCUCCACUGAUCCACCUCCAUCAUUCAUCUCCUCAUCCUGUUUCACACACACUGCCUCACCCUCGCUUGGGUCUGACCUGAACACCCCCCGCAAAGCUCUGUCGUUCCCAACAGACGUCAUAUGCUUUCGUCGGGGCCAGAACCUCACCUCCAAUUUCCCCUCCACGUCCUCCUCCAUCGCGUCCUCCGUUUCCACCCCGGCCACAGCAGGGCCCGAAGUCCAGAAGGCGAACGAGGAGCACAGCAGCACCCCCUUCUACCGGGAGAUUUUUAAGAAAAGGGAGGAGCAGACUCACCUGGAUGGCGUCGCUCACGGCCGCGUGGAGGCGAGAGAAAGACGGCGUGAGAGGAGGGAGAUGCGGAUGGCAAAGUCCCUGUGCAGGAUCGCCACGGCUCUGGAGCUGCUCUCCUCUAAGCAGGACACCGUCAUUGCUCUCCUGCAGAGGCUGGCUGACAAAAAGUGAAGGAAAAAGAACACGUUAAAGUAACUUUGGCUUAAAAAUCUCACAUUAUUUGAGUGUCACCUGUCUUCAAUGAUUAUCGCCAUGUUUACUAAACAUUAUUAGUAUCCAACUUAUCAAGUUGAUUGUUUUUAACAGGCUACCACAAACCAACACUAGUGGUGACAAGUUUGCCUCUUUUCAGAGAACAGGCACUUUUGACUCGGCUCACUAAAAAGAGUCGGUUCUUUUGGCUCCUCAGAUUUUUUUUGUUGCUUAAAUUGAUUUCUUACCAAAAUAGGUGUAAAAUUAAUUUCUAAUGUAAAAAUAUAAUUACAGUAAUCCCUGCCACGGCUUCACUCUAUCACGGUUUUUCAAAAGUAUAUUAAUAAAUCAUGCUGUUUUGUGGUUGAAUACAUCUUAUUAGUCAAAAAUAUGCAAAUUUGACUAAUUUUUUGCUGAAAUCAAGCAUAAAUGAAGUAAAAUCCAAAUAUAAGGCAUUCAGAAGAUGCAGUCCAAGAUGCUGUGACUAUAUGUAGUAUUCUACACUGGUCACUAGGUGUCAGUAAUGUUACUGUAAUGUUCGGUGAGACACAAGCACCAGAUCUGAUCGCCAGAACAACAGGCUUUUGAAGGUUGGAAUGAUCACACAGCAGGCACAAUAAUCGCUAACAUGAGCGACUGUUGCGGUUGAAACCCACGCCAAGCUAAAACUCAACUCUGAACCGAUGACGUCAUUUCCUCUUCAACACCGGGACACUUUUACAGCAACACACACGACCUCAAGUCUUAUGUCUAAAAUGGCCUACUUUCUGUAAUUAUGUCUACUAUAUUGAGUAAUAUGAGCGUAAAGAUGAUUAUAGGCGUGUUUAGAGGGCUCUAAUUAUGUUUAAAAUGUGCUUAGAAGGUCAUAAACAGGUUUUCUAUGCUCUAACCAUGGAAAUAGUUAUCCUACUAUGCAGAAAUUCACGUACCGUGGUCUGGUCUGGAACCAAUUAACCGUGAUAGAGGGAUUCCUGAAUAUCAAAUGUUUGUUUAUAUGGCUUUAUUUAAAUGCUCAACAUGGAACAAAUUGCAACAAAAAAUGAAUUAUUUCUAAUUAGAAUCAGCUCAACUCCUCACCUUUCCAGCUUGCGUGCGUGACCACUGCGUCCUCCUUUUGCAGCGUGUUGACACGUCGGCACCGCACAUUUUGACCAACCGUGUGCGGCUUUAACAGAAACAAAGACGAGGGAAAACAACGGACUGCUCGUUCAAGUCUGAGCGGCGGCACUCGUUUCGUUCAUUUCAAAGAGUCGCCUCUACAUCACUAACCAGCCGAGUAAUACCUCACGGAGUUGGCAGUGAGUUUGCAGGCCUGGUUAUCGCAGGAAAAAAUGAUACAUCAAUUCCAAAAACAAUAUUUAUUACAAAUUAUAGCACUGAAAAAUACAACACAACUUUUGUGUUGUUGUGUCCUUGUUGUUCAGUGCUAUACACAAGAAUGACCAAAUGAAUCAUUUUUAAAUCACACUUUCAAUAUCAAUAAAACUGGUAGACUGACAUCUAGAAGGUUAUCAUAUUUAUUAGCUGAUGGACAGUUAUGUCAUGACAUUAUCUUCAAAUUAGCAUAACACAUUUCUCUGUGUGGCAGCUGCAUCUACUCCAGGUUACUGCUGUGUGUGAGUGACAGGAAGAAAAGCUCUUACUCACUUAGACUCAUCUUUUUCGGACUUUUUUCCUGGUUUUAUUCUAGGGGAAACACGGUAUUUAAAAUGCAGUCGCUAUUCAGUCAUAACGUCUUCAUCUUCUCCCUCGUCGUCUUCAUCAAAGUACUUUUCCUCUGCAUCUCUGCUGACAAUGUCGAGGUUGUCGAAGUCUGGGUUCUCAUCCACCUCGCUGUCAGGGAGACACACAAGCACACGCUUAGGAUGCAACGUUCAGUUACAAGCCACACCGGAGUACAUGCGCACGAGCAUGGGGAGAACGUGCAACCUCCACAGAGAGUGCCACCAUGUUUCAAACGCGCAUGAUGUCUUCAUGAGGACAGCUUGAAGAUAACUCAAAUGGUGUACAUGCCAUCUUGGAGUGAAGGCCGACCUGUAGUUGAAAUCCUUGUCUUUGCCGUCGAGGAAGCGCUGGUGCAUCUGACUGAUGAACUCCUCCCGUAGAAGAGCCUUCUCUUCAGAGGUCGGCUCCCAAGUCUUCUCCUGGACUCCAUCAUCUUCAGCAGCAACAUUGAAUGACACACAAAAAAUAACACUUUAAAAAAGAAAAAUCCAACUAAAGCGCCACCAUUUCUUGCGUUCCUUGCCUUCAUCGUCCUCGUCCUCCUCCUGCGCAUCCUCCUCUCUCUCCUGCUCCUCCUGCAAACGACCUUGGAUGAGACGCUCCUGGUAGGAGUUGAGGAGGAGGUGGGCGAGCCCUCCGGGCGCUCCCUGUUGUGCCUCAGGUCCCCCCUGUGCACUGUGCAACAUGGCCUCCUGGGAGCGCUCCAGCACCUGAAAUGGGAAAAGAUUGAAACCACAUCCUGCAGCGAGAGCAUGACUUUAUAGUACAUUGUUACCUCCUCAUCGGUGAGGUACUGUCCAAUAUACUGUUCAUACAGCAGUGGUUCCCUCAUUCGCAUUUGUUCUUCACUAAAAUAUUCACCCUCUAAGAAAAGAGUGAAGACUUUUAAGUGGUACUGUACAUUUAAAAAGAAAAAGAAAAGAUGCCUCUACCUUUCUGCAGGGCCCUGAGAGCAGCAUAGCGCUGGUUUCUAAUUCGCUUCUUGUCGGUGCUUCCUGCAGCUCGCCUAUGGAUCACUUUGCUGUAGUGCUGAGUCCGCGGAUCAGCGCUGACGUGGGCAAAAGAUCGCAAAUGCUCCGGCUUCAGGUAGCCCUGGAAAAGCCAAGAAAAAUACAAAAUACAGCUGUAUAAAAUUUUAAUAUAAAUAAAUCACUCCAUAUUUCCAGUUAAUUCCCUUACGGGAUGGGCAU